CGUGUUUUUAAAUCUCCGGCGGGCAAACCCGGUUGGCAAAACAGAGAUUACCUCAGAGAGAGGGGAGCUAAACAUUAACCAGAGCGCUGUGUGUUUGCGUGUCAGGAGAAGUUUUUUUUUUUUUACUCAACAGGAGAACAUGGCGACGGCUGGUCCUGUGCUGUCGAAAGGACAGGUGUUGUACAGGUAUUUUGUGCCCCUGCACCACGCGACCAGGAGGUUUUCAGAGAGCGGCGACAAAGGCUGGUUCCGUUCCUUGUUCGUGCACAAAGUCGAUGCCAGAAAAGAUGCCCACUCCAACCUGCUGUCAAAGAAAGAGACCAGCAACCUGUAUAAAAUUCAGUUUCACAAUGUCAAACCAGAGUGCCUAGAAGCAUACAACAGUCUAGAGGCUGAGGUGCAGUACAGGCUCCAUCAGGACCAGGAGUACCCUUGUGAAGUGGUGGGAAGCUGGAACACCUGGUACGGAGAGCAAGACCAAGCUGUGCAUCUAUGGCGAUACAGAGGAGGCUACCCAGCUCUGACUGAGUGCCUGACGAAGCUGAACAAUAACAAGGAGUAUUUAGAGUUUCGGAAAGAAAGGGCAAAAAUGUUGAUUUCAAGGAGAAAUCAGCUCCUCUUGGAGUUCAGUUUCUGGAAUGAACCCUUGCCCAGACCAGGACCCUGCAUCUAUGAAAUGCGCACCUAUCACCUCAAGCCAGGAACUAUGAUAGAAUGGGGAAACCACUGGGCACGGGCAAUCAAAUACAGACAGGAAAACAACGAAGCAGUGGGUGGCUUCUUCUCACAAAUCGGCGACCUGUAUGUUGUUCAUCAUUUGUGGGCUUAUGAAAGCCUCCAGUCCCGGGACGAGACGAGGAACUCUGCUUGGCUGAAGGAGGGAUGGGAUUCCACUGUGUAUUAUACAGUGCCUUUGAUCAGAAGCAUGGAGUCUAGAAUAAUGAUUCCCACCAAGAGUUCACCUUUACAAUGAGAGUAACUGAAACUCCAAAAUCCAAAUCCGCCCACUGCCAGAACAAUGUUUUUUUUUCUUUUUAUCAGAUAGAUAAUCUGUGUUACAUUUUAAGUAUGUAAACAAAAACAUUUUCCAAGAGUAUAUUUGCACAGAGGCCAACCAGUCAUGACAUGUAAUGAUGCAGAGUUUGUGUGCAUUUAUUUGACAAUCCUGAAAUGCUGCAAUUUAGUUCGAACAUGUGAACGAAAGAAGUGACAAUGAGCACAAUGAAAUGCCAGAUCAUAUGUAUUACAUUACUUGCAUCUUUAUUACAAUAUAAAAUGACAAUUACAUGAGCAAGAGCACAGUUGGUGUAUAUCCUGUUUUUUGUUUUUACCAUGAACUACGGUAAUGGACCGUGGAUUUGUUUUUCACAAUGAAGUCUCCACCCAGCAUUUUUAUGAUCACACUUAUAUGGCUGGAAAUGAAUCAACCUGAAUGAGAUCACACUGAGUUUCACAGAUGUGACUGUGAAAUGCACACAAUCAAUAAAAAAUGUGUCAGACUACCUCAAUCAUUAAAAUUUCUGAUCAUCAUUGUGCUGAUUUAAAAUUUACAGUAAGGUGUAAAGAGCCUUUCAGGAGCGUCUAUGUUACUUCUGAUAUGAAUUUGACAGUAUUUUCAAAAUAAAAGUUGACCGACACAAA